ACCACUUUGCAGGGCCAGCUGUCAAAAUUUUCAGUCGCAAGGGUUCUCCUGCGCCGUGGGUUCUCUAAAGUUUUAGAGGGGAGGAGAGAGACAGAGAGAGAGAGAGAGAGAGAGAGAGAGGGGGAAGGGAUCAAGCAAGAUGGCGGAGGAAGCGGUGACUGUUGCCAGGCCUUCGGAAGAGAAGGGGAGAGAAAGGGAAGGCGAGCUGCCGGAAGAGCUGGAGGAGGGCGAGAUCGCAGAGGUCGGCGCGGCGGAACCGCCGGUGGAGCGGCGGGUUGACAUUGGGGGACCCCGUCCCCACCCCCUGGAGCACUCCUGGACCUUCUGGUUCGACAACCCCUCCGCCAAAGCCAAGCAGGCCGCCUGGGGCAGCUCCAUCAGACCUGUCCACACUUUCGUCACCGUCGAAGACUUCUGGAGCCUCUACAAUAACAUUCGUCAUCCAAGCAAGCUGCCUGUGGGAGCAGAUUUUCAUUGCUUUAAAUACAAAAUUGAGCCUAAAUGGGAAGAUCCAAUUUGUGCCAAUGGAGGAAAAUGGACCAUUAGCUGUGCUCGAGGAAAAGCAGAUACAUUCUGGUUACAUACUUUAUUGGCAAUGAUUGGUGAGCAAUUUGACUAUGGCGAUGAAAUUUGCGGAGCAGUUGUUAGUGUCCGUGGGAAGCAGGAAAAAGUAGCUUUAUGGACAAAAAAUGCUGCCAAUGAAACUGCUCAGCUAAGUAUUGGGAGACAGUGGAAGGAGUUCUUGGAUUAUAAUGACACAAUUGGGUACAUAUUUCAUGAUGAUGCAAAGAAGCUUGAUAAAGUUGCUAAGACUCGAUAUACAGUAUGAUCUCCAUCUUAUGGAACUUGUAUGAAUAUUUGAUCAAACAUAUUAUGCAAUGACUCAUCUUAUAACUUCUUGAAUUCUUUUUCUUGCUAUAAACUGCAUCGCUCUUCAUUGGAAAAGUUCUCAUUCUUGG